AUGGUCGUUGGUGGCUUCUUGACCGCAUUCUCUAAUAGCUACGGAAUGUACUGCGGUGGUCGCUUUGUCCUUGGUUUCGGCAACAGUCUCGCGCAGAUGGCAUCACCCAUGCUGCUGACCGAGAUCUGCCAUCCUCAACACCGUGGUCCUGUCACUGCUGUCUACAACUGCUUGUGGAACUUAGGAAAUCUCGUCUGCACGUUCAUCGGCUGGGGCACUGUCCACGUCGCAGGCAAUUGGUCCUGGAGGUCUAUCACUCUGAUACAGAUUGUUCCAUCUGUUAUCCAGCUCACUUUCAUCUGGUGGAUUCCCGAGUCUCCAAGAUGGCUCAUUGCAAAAGAUCGCAAUGAUGAGGCCCUGAACAUCCUCGCCAAAUACCACGGCAAUGGCAAUCGCGAGAACGUUACUGUCCAGUUCGAAUACCGUGAGAUCCGAGAGACUCUCAAGAUGGAAGCUGAGACAAGGAACGUCAGCUACCUGGACUUUUUUAAGACUAAGGGCAACCGCUGGCGACUUGCAAUUAUCAUCUCAAUUGGUGUCAUCUCGCAGUACAGUGGCAACGCUGUCAUCUCUAACUACAUGAAUGCCGUCUAUGAGGGUGCUGGUAUCACGGACCAGAACCAGAAGCUUGCACUUUCCUCGGGCAAGACUGUCCUCGAUUUGAGUUGCGCUGUCGCUGCGGCGUUCACGAUCGAUAGGUUUGGUCGUCGGCCCCUCUUCCUUGUUGCCAUCACCGGAAUGACUCUGUCUUUCACUCUGUGGACCGUCAUGGCUGCUAUGUAUGACCAAAAAGGAACCAUGGCUUUUGGCAUCACUCAGAUCGUCUUUGUCUGGAUCUUCGGUAUCUUCUACGAUAUCGGUUUCUCCGGUCUGCUGAUUGCCUACACGCUCGAGGUUCUCCCCUAUCACCUCCGUGCUAAGGGGAUGACAAUCAUGAACCUGACAGUCCAAGCCAUCCUGGCUCUCGGAAACCAGACCAAUCUCUUGGCUUGGGAGAACCUCCCGGCUCAUUGGAAUUUGUGCUUGUUCUACACUCUCUGGGACUUCAUCGAGCUUAUCUUCGUGUACUUCUUCUACGUCGAGACCAAGGGCCCGACUUUGGAAGAGAUUGCCAAGAUCUUCGACGGCAAGGAUGCGGUUGCGAACAUCAACAUCCACCAGGUCGAGAAGGAGGUCGCUUUGGGCGACCACAAGGAGCACGAUGCCUAA